AAGAAAAAUUUCAGUGAUAUAUAGGGAAGUUGAGGGCCAGAACUUCGAAUUUAGAACUCUAGAUCGAACACGCUCUCUCUCUUCUCUCUCUCUGUCUUCCCCCUCGCAACUUCCUUUUCCUUUUACAAAUAUUCACAUAAAAGGAGAGAGAAAAAGAAACUCUUCCUCACAAAACCGAUAAGAUAUAUAAGUCAUCCUUCAGAACAAUUUCCCAUCCUUGAAGAAGCACUGAUAAUUUAUUCUUAAAUUUAGCAGAGGAAGAAGUUAUGUAGUAUAGAACUUAGUCUUUGUUAUUCUUUUGCGCACAUCAAGUGAUUAUUUUAAGGUUUGAGCAUGGCCAACAAGAAUCUUCUCUUCUCUCAGUUCAACACCAUGAUCAGAAUAUCAUACAGCUUUUGAGGAUCUGUGACGGGCCAAUCGUAGCAAGCGAUGAAAUGGAUUUCUUUCCGGCAAAUUUCAUAUUACAGAACCCUCACCAAGAAGUAGACCACCAUCAACCUCCACCGUGUCUCAACUCAAUUCUGCCUCAAGAUUAUCAUGGAGGAGCGUCACUUCUAGGGAAGAGAUCUAUGACUUUUUCAGGACUUGAACUUGGCGGUGAAGAAGCAAAUAAUGGUGAAGAAGACAUGUCUGAUGAUGGAUCUCAGGCUGGGGAGAAGAAGAGGAGGCUUAACAUGGAACAGGUGAAAACACUUGAGAAGAGCUUUGAGCUAGGAAACAAGCUUGAGCCUGAGAGAAAAAUGCAGCUGGCUAGAGCUCUUGGGCUGCAGCCUAGGCAGAUUGCUAUAUGGUUCCAGAACAGAAGGGCUAGGUGGAAGACGAAGCAGCUGGAGAAAGACUAUGAUCUUCUCAAAAGGCAGUAUGAAGCUGUCAAAGCAGAUAAUGAUGCCCUUCAAGCUCAAAACCAACAACUUCAAGCAGAGAUAUUGGCACUGAAAAGCAGAGAAGUGCCAACUGAAUCCAUCAACCUCAAUAAGGAAACGGAGGGAUCUUGCAGCAAUCGGAGUGAGAAUAGCUCAGACAUCAAGUUGGAUAUCUCAAGAACACCUGCUAUAGACAGUCCUCUAUCCACUCAUCAAAUUACAAGCAGAACCUUGUUCCCAUCAACAUCUAAUUCUGCUAGGCCUGCUUCCGGAGUGGCUCAGCUUUUUCAAACCUCUUCAAGACCAGACCUUCAGUGCCAGAAGAUUGAUCAUAUGGUCAAAGAAGAGAGCUUGAGCAACAUGUUUUGUGGGAUUGAUGACCAGACAGGGUUCUGGCCUUGGUUGGAGCAGCAACAUUUCAAUUGAAGAAGCAUCAAGAGAGUUUUCUUAUCAAUUAAAUUACCACACUUUUGUUCAUUUGAGUUCUUAAAUUAAUUAAAAACCCGUGUUUUUGGUUACUUGAUGUAUAAAAUAGGAUAUAUCAAGUAGAUUUUUUUUUUCCUGCUUUGGGACUUUGAAAAAUUUUUACAUGGAAGAAUAAAUUAUGGUCUAGCUGUAGCUAUAA